AUGCCACUCGUUGUUCCAGGAAUCAACUCCUCAUUCGGCGACAAGUCCGAGUGGGUCAACAAGCUGAUGGGCAAGAAGAUUAGCGACACUAGUAAUGAGACAUCCUUCGCAAAGAAAGAUCUCCCUGAAACUCACCGGGUAUUGAAGCCAGGUGACAUGAAGACAAUGGACCAUAACCCGAACAGACUGAAUAUCCAUGUUAAUGAGGAUGGGGUUGUCCAUGACGUGAACUCCGGUUAG